AUGAGUAAAUUGUUGUCAUUGUCCAUUCGAUCGCUACGCCCGCAUGGUUUACGUUACCGAGAUUCUCCUAUCCGCCGGCAGGUGCUCAUGCCACUGCUGCGUCAAAAUCAACCACGCUGCGCGUUCACUCUCACCGCAUUCAAGUCAAUAGAGACUGAUGAUGAUUCCAACGCCUAUUUCCUCUACGAGCCUCUCGAGGGAGUCGAAAGAAUAGAGGAUUAUCGACCAGGGGGCUAUCACCCUAUAAAAAUCGGAGAACACUUUCACAGUCGAUAUCGAGUGGUUCAUAAGCUAGGAUAUGGGUCUUAUUCGACUACGUGGCUGGCCCGUGAUGAACAAUCCAAUAAAUACGUUGCGGUAAAAGUUUGCAUAGCAGACUCGAACCCAAAGGAGGUGGAUAUCUUAUCCACUCUCACUCGUCCUCAUUGUUCUCUAGUCAACAAUCCAGGAAAGGCGAUGGUCCCUUCGAUUCUAGAUAGUUUCACCAUUCGCGGCCCAAAUGGCAAUCACGCUUGCUACGUUACAGCGACGGCGAGGGCCAGCCUCUCCGGGCUGAAAGAUGGUUCGUGGAUCCGCGUAUUCCAGCCUGAUGUAGCCCGGUCAUUGGCUGCGCAACUCGUUCUCGUUAUAGAUUAUGUGCAUGCCCAAGGAAUCGUCCAUGGAGACCUUCACCUCGGCAACAUUCUUCUAAAAGUUGCGCCCAGUUUUGACCAACUCUCACUCGAACAAUUAUAUGAGAAAUACGGAGAACCGCAACUGGACCCAGUUGUCCAUCUAGAUGGCAAAUCGCUGCCUCCUGGUGUCCCAUCCCAUGGCAUUAUGCCCAUAUGGCUAGGUGAAGCAAGUGAGGAAACCACGCUUGCAGAAGCUAGAGUCCUACUUACAGACUUUGGUAUCCGGCCCCCCGAGGCUCGUUUUGAACCAAAUAAGCCUCUUUCUUUUUCAUCGGACAUUUGGACUCUUGCCUGUACCAUAUGGUCUAUCAUCGCUCAACGGCCAUUAUUUGAAGAAUUUCUCGCGACAGAGGACGACAUGACCUGUGAGCAUGUGGAUACUCUUGGUGUUUUGCCGCCUGAAUGGUGGAGAAGGUGGGAGGCGGGACAGCAUAAAUUUACCGAGGAUGGUAAGCCAAUAAACCGUACAUAUUUCCGAUCUUGGGACGAUCGGUUUGAGGAUAGCGUUGAAAAGCCCAGGCGAGAGAAGGGGAUCCCAUCGUUUGAUGCAAGGGAAAGAGACGCUCUCUUCGACAUGUUACGACAGAUGCUCUCAUUCAGACCCGGGGAUCGUCCUACCACCAAGCAAAUUCUCGAGUCAGAAUGGAUGGUGAAAUGGGCUUUACCUGAAUAUGGCAAGAUCCAAAAUAAUCUAUGA